UGAUAUCUUUAUUCUUCUAGCCAUUUUUGCUAACUGUGUGGCUCUGGGAGUAUCCAAGCCUUUCCCUGAGGAUGACUCCAACGCUACUAACCAUGACCUGGAACAAGUGGAGUACAUCUUUCUGAUCAUCUUCACCAUAGAAACCUUCCUAAAGAUUCUGGCCUACGGUCUGGUCAUGCAUCCCAGCUCCUACAUCCGCAACGGCUGGAACCUGUUAGACUUUGUCAUCGUCAUUGUGGGGUUGUUUAGUGUGGUGUUGGAGACAACAACCAAUAAGCCCGGGGAAACACACCACAUGCCAGGGAAGCCAGGAGGCCUGGAUGUGAAAGCACUCAGAGCUUUCAGAGUGUUACGACCUCUCAGACUUGUCUCUGGAGUGCCCAGUUUGCAGAUUGUGCUGAACUCCAUCAUGAAAGCUAUGGUUCCUUUACUGCACAUCUCUCUUCUUGUCCUAUUUGUCAUAAUCAUCUAUGCAAUAAUUGGCCUGGAGCUCUUCAUCGGCCGCAUGCACAAGACAUGCUACUUUAUUGGCACAGAUGAGUUUGCAGAUGAUGACCCGGUGCCAUGUGCGUUCACUGGUCAUGGUCGUCAGUGCGUUGUGAAUGGCUCAGAGUGCAGGGGAAAGUGGGAUGGGCCGAACGGUGGCAUCACUAACUUUGAUAAUUUCUUCUUUGCCAUGCUGACUGUUUUCCAGUGCAUUACGAUGGAGGGCUGGACCGAUGUUCUUUACUGGAUGAAUGAUGCCAUAGGUUUUGAGCUGCCCUGGGUCUACUUUGUAAGCCUGGUCAUCUUUGGAUCCUUUUUUGUCCUCAACCUUGUGUUGGGUGUGUUAAGCGGUGAAUUCUCUAAAGAGCGAGAGAAGGCUAAAGCACGUGGGGAUUUUCAGAAGCUGCGGGAGAAGCAGCAGCUGGAGGAGGACCUGUGCGGCUACAUGGACUGGAUCAUGCAGGCUGAGGACAUUGAUGAGUUUGAUGAGGAUGGAAACAGACGUAUGACCCUACGUGACCUGGCUGACAAAAAGCGAGGAAAGUUCAGCUGGUUCACCCACUCCAACGAGACCCACGCAAGUCUUCCAGCUAGUGAAACAGCCUCAGAGAACACAGAAAAUAUAGAUGAAGAACACACUGACUGCUGCGCUGCUUGCUGCGCUUGGAUAAUGAAAAACCCCUGCUGUCGCACAUUGCGCCGGUGGAACCGUGGUAUUCGGAGAACCUGCCGAAAAGCAGUGAAAUCUGUGACAUUCUAUUGGGUGGUGUUGAUUCUGGUGUUUCUCAACACAGCUCUGAGCGCAUCAGAGCACUACAACCAACCGGACUGGCUCACUGAAGUGCAGGAAAUUGCCAACAAGGUGCUCCUGUCUCUUUUCACGGUUGAGAUGUUGCUGAAGAUGUACAGUCUGGGGCUGCAGGCCUACUUUGUAGCCUUCUUUAAUCGUUUCGACUGUUUUGUGGUGUGUGGAGGAAUUCUUGAGACUGUGCUGGUGGAGAUGCAGAUCAUGCCGCCCCUCGGCAUUUCUGUGCUGCGCUGUGUUAGGUUGCUUAGGAUCUUCAAAGUCACACGCCACUGGACAGCUCUGUCCAAUCUGGUGGCAUCUCUACUAAACUCUAUGAAGUCCAUUGCAUCUCUCUUGCUGCUGCUUUUCCUUUUCCUCAUUAUCUUCGCUCUGCUGGGGAUGCAGCUCUUUGGUGGCAAGUUCAACUUUGAUGAGACACAUACGAAAAGAAGCACCUUCGAUGCUUUUCCCCAGGCUCUUCUCACCUGCUUUCAGAUCCUGACAGGUGAGGACUGGAACCUGGUGAUGUAUGAUGGCAUUAUGGCAUAUGGAGGCCCCGUGUUUCCUGGUAUGAUUGUGUGUCUGUAUUUUGUCAUUCUCUUCAUCUGUGGUAACUACAUCCUACUGAAUGUCUUCUUGGCUAUUGCUGUGGACAACUUAGCAGGGGCAGAUGGAGAUGACAAAAAGAAUCAAGAAAAGAAACAGGGAGAGGAGGGCCAGGGAGAAGGAGAGAACACAGAGGCAAAGAUUGACAUGGAUGAGUAUGAGGAAGAGGAGGAGCAAGAUGAAGGAGAUGAUGAAGAAGGAGGGACUCAGCUGAAUGUGGCUGAUUUUGUUCCUCCUAAAGAAAAAGUUGUGCCAAUUCCAGAAGGCAGUGCUUUCUUCUGCCUCAGCAAGACCAAUCCAAUAAGAGUAGGCUGUCAUACUGUGAUCAAUCAUCACAUCUUCACUAACCUGAUUCUGGUAUUCAUCAUCCUCAGUAGUAUCUCUCUGGCUGCUGAGGACCCGAUCAGAGCACACUCCUUCAGAAAUAAUGUCCUGGGCUAUGCUGAUUAUGCUUUCACCUCCAUAUUCACUGUAGAAAUUCUUCUCAAGAUGACAGUCUACGGGGCAUUUUUGCAUAAGGGCUCUUUCUGUAGGAACUGGUUUAAUCUGUUGGAUCUUCUGGUUGUCAGUGUGUCUCUGGUUUCCUUCUUCCUACAUUCAAGCGCGAUCUCUGUAGUGAAGAUCCUGAGAGUGCUGCGAGUGCUCAGGCCUCUGCGAGCCAUCAACAGAGCCAAAGGUCUAAAGGUACCACGGUAUAUGUGUAUGUUUACAUGUUUAAUGCACUUAUACAGUGCAUCUGUUUCUAAUCUCUGUGUGUUUCUCAAGCAUGUGGUCCAGUGUGUGUUCGUGGCUAUACGGACCAUUGGGAAUAUUAUGAUUGUUACUGCUCUGCUUCAGUUCAUGUUCGCAUGCAUCGGUGUUCAACUCUUUAAGGGUAAAUUUUAUCGAUGCACAGAUGAGGCAAAACACACACCCGAGCAGUGCAAAGGCACAUUCGUGAUCUAUAAAGAUGGAGAUGUGAGUAACCCAAUAAUACGGCAGCGCAUCUGGUACAACAGCGAUUUUAACUUUGACAACGUGCUGAUGGGCAUGAUGGCUCUGUUCACUGUGUCCACCUUCGAGGGCUGGCCCGCGCUCCUCUACAAGGCUAUCGAUGCCAACGCAGAGAACCACGGCCCCAUCUACAACUACCAUGUGGAGAUCUCAAUCUUCUUUAUUGUCUACAUCAUCAUCAUCGCCUUCUUCAUGAUGAACAUCUUUGUGGGUUUCGUCAUCAUCACUUUCCGUGAACAGGGAGAGGCUGAGUUUAAGAACUGUGAGCUGGACAAGAACCAGAGACAGUGUGUAGAAUAUGCUCUGAAAGCCCAGCCGCUGAAGCUGUACAUCCCAAAGAACCCAGUGCAGUAUAAAUUCUGGUCAAUGAUCAACUCCACAGCGUUUGAGUACAUCAUGUUCGUGUUGAUUCUCCUCAACACGGUCACUUUGGCUGUUCAGCAUUAUGAGCAGUCCAAACUCUUCAGCUAUGUCAUGGAUAUCCUCAACAUGGUCUUUACAGGCCUCUUCACUGUGGAGAUGAUUGUCAAGUUGUUAGCCCUUAGACUCAAGCACUAUUUUACAGAUGCUUGGAACUCCUUUGAUGCUCUGAUUGUGGUCGGGAGUGUGGUGGACAUUGUGGUGACAGAGUUUAGUAGUUCAGAGGACAGUUCCCGGGUGUCAAUCACCUUUUUCCGUCUGUUCCGUGUAAUGCGAUUGGUUAAGCUGCUUAGCAAGGGGGAGGGCAUUCGUACACUGCUCUGGACCUUUGUUAAAUCUCUCCAGGCUUUGCCUUAUGUAGCUCUACUCAUUGCCAUGAUCUUCUUUAUCUACGCUGUGAUUGGUAUGCAGACAUUUGGGAAGAUUGCAAUGCAGCCCCACACGCCAAUCAACCGUAAUAACAACUUCCAGACCUUUCCCCAGGCAGUGUUGUUGCUCUUCAGGUGUGCUACAGGUGAGGCAUGGCAGGAGAUCAUGUUGGCCAGUCUUCCAGGGAAGCGCUGUGAUGCAGAGUCAGACUUUGAGCCCGGCGAGGAAUUCAGCUGUGGCAGCAAUUUUGCCAUUGUUUACUUCAUUAGCUUCUUCAUGCUCUGCGCUUUCUUGAUUAUUAAUUUGUUUGUUGCUGUCAUCAUGGACAAUUUCGACUACUUGACACGUGAUUGGUCAAUUCUGGGGCCACAUCAUCUUGAUGAGUUCAAAAGGAUUUGGUCAGAGUAUGAUCCAGAAGCCAAGGGUCGCAUAAAGCACUUAGAUGUGGUGGCUCUGCUCAGGAGGAUCCAGCCUCCUCUGGGUUUUGGAAAACUGUGUCCCCACCGUGUGGCUUGCAAGAGACUGGUUGCUAUGAACAUGCCCCUGAACUCAGAUGGCACAGUGACCUUCAACGCUACUCUGUUUGCACUAGUCAGAACUGCCCUGAAGAUUAAAACUGAAGGUCACCCAGACCAGGAGAAUGAGGAGCUGAGGAUCAUCAUUAAGAAGAUCUGGAAGCGCAUGAAACCAAAAAUCCUGGAUGAGGUUAUUCCUCCUCCUGCUGAGGAGGAGGUGACUGUGGGUAAGUUUUACGCCACAUUCCUAAUUCAGGACUACUUCAGGAAGUUCCGUAAGAGGAAGGAGAAAGUGGGUCUGGGAGACCCGGACCCUAAACAGCCAUCGGCUCUACAGGCGGGUCUGCGCACCCUGCAGGAUCUUGGGCCAGAGAUUCGCCUGGCCAUGAAUGCAGACCUUGAGGAGGAAGAGGAGGACCUGGAGGAAGAACAAGAAGAGGAUGAGAAUGAAAAUGGCUAUGCUGGCAACGCUGAGUCCUCAGACCGCCGCUCCUCCGUGGUCUCCACACCGACAGGGUCAUCCGCCGCUGUGUCAGGAGAAGGCUUCUCCAAUGGGGGCCUGAGUCACAGGAAUUCACUAACCAGAACACCAAAUGGUGGCGGCGGCAUCUUGGAGCAGGAGAAAUUUAGAAGAAGAGAAAACAGACGCUCAUCCCUCUAUUUCCAGCACAAGAACGGUGUGAUCGACCAGCCAUCAAAGAGGGUGUCAUAUUACAAGCAUCCACGGAGAGACUCAAGGGACCACUUCAGCUCUUCUCUCUCACGAAGUAUAGAUGGAGAGGAGAGGUACCCUAGGGAGCAAAUGUUCUACAGGAGGGAAGAAGACGAGGAGGUCAUAGCACCCAGAGACAGGCAUGGCUACCCAAAUGAAGUCCCCAUGCAUCCUGGCUAUAGAGCUCAUGGGUAUGAUGGACAGCCUGCAUACACUAAUCAGUAUGGCAGCAGUUAUGGUGAGGCCAGAAGGUCAACCAGAAGACGACUCCUGCCUGCAACCCCCACUGGCCGGAAGUCAUCUUUUACCAUCCAGUGUCUGAGAAGACAGGGGAGCAGUGAUGAUCUCCCCAUCCCAGGCACCUACCACCAGAACUUCCCACCGUGUAGAGCACGCACACAGGCGUAUGGCAGUUAUGACUCACGCCGUAGCAGCAGCCGUUCUUCCACAGGCUCCACGGCCUCCUGGGCCAACCCCAGCCCCCGCCGCAGUCGUCUUCUUUAUGCCCCCCUCAUACUAGUGGAGGAUGAGAGGGCAGCUGGCACAAGCAGCGUGAGCCUUUGGGAUAAGAAGGCUGAGGAUGGUGCCAGUGUGCCUGUGGCAGGGCGAGUGGGUCAGCCAUACAGGGCCUACACCACGCUGAGAGUUCCCACACAGCUCAGCCCGCACUACAGCGAGAAGAGAGGCAGCGCUGACAGCCUGGUGGAGGCGGUACUGAUCUCCGAGGGCCUUGGCCUAUAUGCCAAGGACCCCAAGUUUGUCGCCUUUGCCAAGCGGGAGAUUGCAGAUGCCUGUCACAUGACCAUAGAUGAAAUGGAGAGUGCGGCCAGUGAUCUGCUGAAUCGAGGCAGCACAGGGAGCUCUGGAGGCGGCUUUCUGAAUCACACAGACUUUGGAGGGCUCUACAGUGACGAGGAACUCGUCAGGAGCCAUGAUGAGGAUGAGCUUGCUGAUGAGAUGACAUGCGUUACCUCUUUCUGACUGUCACACCAAUGAAACCAGUCAGAAAUAUAAUAGAUGGAGGGUCAAGGAAGCAGGCAGGCCACUGAGGUAGCCAGUGACUCUGUCAGAGAGGCAGAGGUUUGAAGCUUCAUGUAAUACAAGCAAGGUAGAGGUCAGUUUAGUUACUGCAAAAGAAAGAUCAUGGAUUCUUUGAAGGUAUACAGAUGAAUCCCAGAGAGGCUCCUUUUUUACUGGACAUCAUGUUGAAUAAUGUUUAUAUACAGAGUUGCCAGCAUAGUUUGUAGACCUAUCUAGCAGUACGUUGCACCUGCUUGGGCCUACAGAACAUCAGUAAUUUGCCAGUGCACGGAUUCUACAAGAUUCUUGAUGCGCUGGGCAUAAAUGAUUUGUUGGCAGUUGCAAAUUGCAUGGCUGGACAGCCUUGCUGUAACUUUUCCCCUGCAUCCCCAAGAUUCCGAGUAGGGUUCUAGGGACUGUGCAGUCCACUGAAGCAGUGAAACUCACUGUCUUGUUCAUGGAAUCAUGUGACAAUAAGUGCCUUGAAACAGGGUUCAUUAUCAUCCUGGAAGUGUCAAUCCCAGUGUGUAUAAACUGUAGUUACUAAGGUUAUGCCGGUUAUACUAAGAUGUUCCUCAGUAGAUAUCAAGGGCCCUGAUGUGCUUUAAAAGGGACAUUCCCUUGACUUGUUGUGCCCAGUGCAAUGUUCACUCCAGCACUAACUGACACAAGAAAUGCUGGUCUGCUUGAUAUCACAUGACGUAUGACUUACUGGAAGUUAUAAUAUAUGUAAAGGUGAAAGAUUUGUACCUAAUAAAGUUGCAACUUAAUUGUACAUGUUGUUAAAUAUGUUUUUACUUUCUACUUUCUGCUCCAUAUUUGAACAAAUUCAUAAAACGUGUAAAGGCAUUCUGCUGCUUAUCUAAUACAUAGCAGUAUUUUAUGUAUGAGUGUAAGAAAUCCAAAAUCAUAACACUGAACUUUUAUGUUUUAUCACUGUACAUUAUUUUCCACUGUACAUGACUGUACAUUUCUCUGCUGUGUUUUUAUUUUUCCUGUGACUGUUUUAUAAAAGCCUUGACUCGACUGGCUUUUAUAAAAACACAUUUAUUGUAUGAGACUGGACAAAUAUGAACCGAAUACAGCUGAGUAUUUUUGUUUAUUUUAUUUAAAUUGUUUUUAGCUUCUUUGCUUUACUUAUUCUUUAACUUAUUCACUUUAACUUAUUCUUCACAUUUAGGAAAUUCUUACAAGCAUGUUAUUUUCUCUGAAAAAGAACUAGAGCUAUUUAUUUAUUUAUUUAUUUAUUUAUUUAAGCUGUAUUGGCUUAUGUCAGGCUUGUUUUGAAUAUGAAUAGCUACCAUGUGGUGUAAUGUUUUCCUGAAAUGAAUUACAAAGAGAUAUCUGAUUUUCCUGCUUUCUGUUUACAUUUUUACAUGCACUACAGGCCAAAAGUAUGAAAACAAAAAUAUUUAAAGUUUCAAAGUAUUCCCUCCUUGUGUCCAGCGUUCUACUAUCCAUUGUGACCCUGACCAGGAGAAAGCUGUUACUGAAGAUGAAUGAAUGAAGAUAUUUUACAAUAAAUUCAGUUUAACUAUACAAAUAAAUAUAAAUACAUUUAGUUGUGUGCUGAUGUAGAUAUUUCGUAAAACUCUUUUGUUCUGUGUUGAUAUUACUGUUCGUUAUCACACAAAAAAUGCCUCAUGUUCAACUUUUACAAAAAAAUUGCACUGUUUCCAAAACUACGGCCUACAGAGUAGCUCAUUAUAUACCAGUUCUUCUUAAUAAAAUAUGUAAAUACUUGUUCUGUAUCAUAGUAGAUUUAACAGUGUAAGGGUUAAAGACAUUAAAAUAUCAAAUAUUUUUGAAAAGUAUACUGUCUGGGGAGCAGAGCCACAGUCUGUCUAUUGCAUUUUCAUUGACUCCUAAACUGAUUUAUUUUUCUUUUUCUACCAUUUCGUACAUAUGUGAAAUAAGCUUACAUAAAAGUAUUUAAGAACAAUGUUUAGCAGAAUAUCCAUAGUUACAUUCAGUUAUGUGU